AUGACUUCCAAACGCAAGAUUGACGAUUUCAUCUAUACGUUGUCCGACAAUGAAGAGCUUCCAAAUGAGGAAGAACAGUUCCCCGAACCCAGUCCACCGAAGAAGAAGACCAAGAAAAAUAAAAAGUCAGCCGUUCAGUUAGACGAUGGCGAUCACGACGACGAUACUGGCAUAUGGGGCAAGAGGGAAAAUGACGAUGGAGCUAUGGACUCCGACUUUGAAUUUGCCCUAGACGGUACUACCGAUUUCAGGACAGAAGAUUUCGACGGUUGGGGGUUUGAUGGUGCCAAGAAGGGCAUGAAUGGAACUGUGCAAAAGAGAAUAGUGGACGUAGAUGAGAUCGUACGAAGACGGAGAGGGACCACUGAAGGGACUCACAGCGAAGUAAAUGGCAAGAAGGAACAGGCCAUUGACGAUAUUAGUGACGAAGUCGAAGAAGAGGAGGAUAUUGAGCUUGAUGACGACGACGACGAAGUCCUCGCUGCAGAUGGGUUCGGCAUGGGCGCAGCCUCGGAUGAAGAGUCGGGUGAUGACGUGGAAGGAGAUGAGCCGGAUCAGGAGGAACGCGACGAGGAAGAAGAUGCAUCCGAUAACGACUCUGUGGCAACACCCGUUGAUCAUCCAGACGAUGCAGAAGAAUCCGACGAAACGGACGAGGACGAGGAUGACCCCGAGGAAGCAGCCAAGAGGGCAGCAUUCUUCGCACCUGAAGAUAAAAGAUCAAAUGGGAAGCAGAAAGGAAAGUCAUCAUUUCAAACAAUGUCUCUCUCGAGACCCAUUCUGCGCGGCCUCAAUUCCCUCGGUUUCACCGAACCCACUCCGAUCCAGGCCAAAACGAUACCACUCGCAUUGGAGGGAAAGGAUCUGGUUGGUGGUGCUGUUACGGGGUCUGGAAAGACCGCUGCUUUCGUGGUCCCAAUCUUAGAGCGGCUACUCUACCGGCCCAACAAGAUCCCCACCACCAGAGUUUGCAUUCUGACGCCUACCCGAGAACUUGCAAUUCAGUGUCACGCGGUAGCAACCAAACUAGCAAGCCACACGGACAUCAAAUUCUGCUUAGCAGUGGGCGGAUUAAGCUUGAAGGUUCAGGAAGCAGAGCUACGUCUUAGACCCGAUGUUGUUAUCGCGACGCCGGGUCGCUUCAUUGAUCAUAUGCGUAACUCGGCAAGUUUUUCAACGGAUACGGUGGAGAUUUUAGUUCUCGACGAGGCUGAUCGAAUGUUGGAGGAUGGUUUCGCUGAUGAGCUGAACGAGAUCCUUACUACCUUACCAAAAUCUCGCCAGACCAUGGUCUUCUCUGCUACCAUGACGUCCACUGUUGAUCGACUCAUCCGCGCCGGUCUUAACAAACCAGUAAGGGUGAUGGUUGAUACCCAAGGAAAGGUGGUGGACAAGUUAGAACAAAAGUUUGUGAGAUUAAGGCCGGGCCGGGAAGAGAAGAGAAUGGGAUAUCUCGUACAUAUCUGCAAAACAAUGCAUACGGAAAGGGUUAUCGUAUUUUUCAGGCAAAAGAAGGAAGCACACCGUGCUCGAAUCAUCUUCGCCUUGUUCAACCUCCCUUGUGCGGAACUCCACGGAAGCAUGAACCAGGCCCAGCGUAUAGCGAGUGUGGAGGCUUUUCGUGAUGGCAAAGUAUCGUUCUUGCUCGCAACCGACUUAGCCUCGCGAGGUCUAGACAUCAAGGGUGUGGAUACUGUCAUCAAUUACGAGGGCCCUCAAAACUUGGAUAUAUACGUACAUCGAGUAGGCCGUACUGCCCGAGCCGGCCGAUCCGGUGUUGCCAUCACGCUUGCCGCAGAACCGGACCGCAAGGUAGUCAAAGCUGCUGUCAAGGCAGGAAAAGCGCAGGGAGCCAAAAUUAGCAGUUUGAUUAUCGAGGCUACCGUGGCAGAUGAGUGGCAAGACAAAAUCGACGAGAUGGCUGACGAAAUCGAGGAAAUUGCCCGAGAAGAAAAGGAAGAGAAGCAACUGGCACAGGCUGAAAUGCAAAUCAAAAAGGGAGAGAACAUGGUUCACCACGAGGACGAGAUCAAAUCCCGACCAAAGCGAACGUGGUUCGAAACGCAGCAUGAUAAGCAGAAGGCCAGAGAGGCCGGCAUGGCGGAGCUAAACGGGCUGAAGGAGUCGUUGAAGAAGAAGGGGGAUGGUAAGCUGAGCAACAACGACAGGAAGAAGUUAGAUGCGAGGUCAACGAGGACGGAAGGUAUGUGGAAGAAGGGCUCUGCCGAACGGGCGGGCAAGGGUGCCGCAGUGGCUCCUCCUCGUCGCCUCCCACCUUCGCGCCCGCAUCCCCACCAUAAGCAGAGUCUUCUACAAUACUUGUUUCCACGUAGUCUAAGCCAUCGUUACCGCGAGCGUCUCAUUGGAUUCCAUCUCGACACCUUUCCCUAUUUGAAACACCAGAUACAGAGCCGCAUCUACCGACUCAUCCUCGACAGCCAGCGCCGUCGCCGUGACCAGUCUCGACUCGUCGACCACGCGCGGCGGUUUCUACUUGGCCCACCCACUCCGAAAGCCAAGGGCUCUAAGAAUGCGCCGAGGGCUAGCGUAGGCACUAUGACUUCCACUCCAGGAUAUGGGGGAUAUGGGGGAUAUGGGGCUGGGAGUGGCAACUAUGGCACCGAAGGCGUCCGCGAACGCGGCGCAAGGAGGAAAAAGCUCGCCGCCAUGGCUGGUAGCAUGUAUAGGGCUGGAGCAACGGCUGUGAAUGAGAUCAAGGAGUCUUAUUACCAAACCAGGUCAGACGAGACAAAUACGCCAGACGUGUCGAGAAUCACAAUACCGGGGUCAUUCCCCGACGUGGCUAUUGUAACCAAAGGAAAUGAGCAGAUGGUAUUAUUCCCGUCGUACGCGAAGAGACACGUGAGAGAAGAACAGAGAGAGUUUGAAAGCCCUGCUGGACCUCCUCACACGGCAACGGUGGGCAUGAACGACCAAGACUAUUGGAGGAACGAGUGGUCUCGGCACGAAGAUGAAAAGGCUAUCGUGGAUGUAGAUGUUCGAGGCUGGAUAUAUAACCCGCAAAAGGGGCAAAUGACGCGUCGGAACCGCUUACUGAUCGGCCUAGCAAGACAAUUGAGUGGCAUACCAGCUCCCAAACCGCAGCAGACCGACUCGCCGACAAACUCAGAGCCAUCCCUGGCGCGUAUACACCAAGAGCACGAGGAGAAACGGGAGCAGGAGAGAAUUGCAAGGGAGGCCAAAGAAAUUGAACGCAAGGGAAAAGCCGAGGAGGAAGCUGCUCAGAAAGGUAGUUACAGUGAACGUCCAAGGGAUGAAGAUUCUGAGAGUGAGAGGACCGGACAGCGGCCUGGUCAUCAGCCUCGGAGUCGAAACCGGUCGCCUUCAUCUGCACCCUCUUCUCCCACCCUUCGGGGACGUACCUCUACAGCGGGAGGCACUGAGCUCGAUGAGGCGGAGCUGGCGAUUGCCAAUGCUAAUUUGAUGGCGCGUAUCGCACCGUUCAUGACCACCCCGCUAGUUGAGAUUCCCAUAACACUUUUUUUCUAUAACGACACCCAUGCCCAAUCGCGCACGGUCAAGACUAACGACUCGGGUCAUUUCAUGAUCAGGGCAGCACUUGACUUUGUACCAACACACGUGCGUGUGCUUGCAAGCGAGGACAUCUCCUGUACAGAACCCGUACAGAUCAUCGAGCCCACUGGGGUCAGCUUGAUUAGUGACAUUGACGAUACGGUCAAGCGCUCCAACAUUGCCCUUGGUGCCAAGGAGAUCUUCCGUAAUACCUUCAUCCGCGACCUGGGUGAACUAACUGUGGACGGUGUCAAGGACUGGUACAAUACCCUUCAUCAACUCGGCGUCCGGAUACAUUAUUGCUCCAACAGUCCGUGGCAGCUAUACCCCGUCCUAGCCACUUACUUCAAAAUGGCCGGCUUACCCCCCGGCUCACUGCAUUUGAAGCAGUACACGGGGAUGCUUCAAGGCAUUUUCGAGCCCGUAGCCGAACGAAAAAAAGGCACCCUGGAGAGGAUUAUGAAAGAUUUCCCUGAACGAAAGUUUCUUCUAGUCGGUGACAGCGGCGAGGCGGACCUAGAAGUAUACACAGAGCUAGCGAUAGCUCACCCUGGCUCCAUCGUGGCGAUUUUCAUUCGUGAUGUGACAACUCCCGAAGAGACGGGCUACUUUGACUCUGGGUUCGGUGAUCUAAUUGAUUUCUCGCAACCACCAGAGCCAGGGUUGGAGACGGCCAAGGCUUCUCAAUCAGAACGCACGGAUACGCUCCAACCCUCUAAGCCUGCAAAUCUCCUAGCACGCAAGCCACCCCCGCCUAAACCAGCGAAGCCAAGUUCCCUUCAAAGCACACCAGCGGCAACACUGCUCACUACCCAGGAUGAGAACGUGAUGGAGACCAAUCAUGACCCCAAUACAAAGAAAUUACCGCCACCUACACCUCCUCCACCACGCAAGGCUAGCCAAAUGAGCAACAAAACCAUAGCACCAAGCCCACUAGCACAGAUGCAGAGAUCCUCUGAGCACAAGGGCAAAGGCGAGUUGGAACCACUCACAAGGACCCGCUCGGAUCCUCCUGAUUCUAUGUCUAAGACCCUCACUUUGCUGCCACCGCCCCCCCUUCCACCACCGAGAAGGCGGGGCACACCAUCCAGUACUACCUCUACAAAAUCUACCCCGAGCCUGGCAGUAACACCACCCGGAGGCAGUCUCAUACGCCGGCGCACCGAAGGAUCAGAAGUAGACUUUGAGCGAUUGCCGCCACCUAUAAAUGGUACUACAGUGACCAAAAAGGUAGAACUGUGGCAUCGCCGACUGCAGCGUGCGCACGAUACGUUGGACCAUCGGGGUGUCGCGUUGUAUACAUGGCGCCGUGGGGGCGAGGUGGUGGACGAAGCUGUAGGCAUUGUAAAAAGGUACAUGGGCGAAACAUAA